GUUUCGACACUCUAGAACCCUAGCGAGUUGUUUCGUUGUUUUGCUUUAAAAGGGUGCUCCCCAAGUGAAGGCGGACAUGAUUACAAGUUCUGCCAGAAUGAUUACAGCAUUGACCAGACGCAUUUGUCAACCGCUGAGGGCGGCAAACAGGAGUUGUGUCAGCUAUGCCUCGGUAUCGGAACCAAAACAACACGACGAAUUGCAACGCUUGGCUUUGGAGGAACAAUGCAUUUUGGUGAAUGAAAAUGACCAAGUUAUUGGACAUACUUCCAAGGCGGAUUGUCACCGAGUAGAUCCACAAAGUAAACAAGUCAAAUUACAUCGCGCUUUCUCUGUGUUUCUAUUCAAUACGAAGGGAGAAAUGUUGGUUCAAAAGAGGUCAGAUCAUAAGAUCACAUUCCCCAGUACCUAUACAAAUGCCUGUUGCAGUCAUCCUUUGCACGAAAUCGAAGUGGAACGAGAGGAAGUGAAUUGUUUUGGCAUACGCAAGGCUGCCCAACGAAGACUGAACUAUGAGCUGGGCAUACCUACCAACCAAAUACGACCAGAAAACUUCCACUACUUGACAAGGAUUCAUUAUGCCAAUACUGGAGAUGGUGUAUGGGGUGAACAUGAGAUCGACUACAUUCUAUUUUUGCAGAAAGAUGUCGACAUCAAACCAAAUAUGAAUGAAGUGAGCGAUGUUCGUUUUGUGAAACGUGAGAAUAUUGAUGAGGAGAUCUCAAAAUUCGAUGCCCCCUUGACACCAUGGUUUAAGCUAAUAUUAAACAAUCAUUUACAAUUGUGGUGGGCAAAUUUGCAUCAGCUGAAAAAGUUCGAAGAUCACAAGAAUAUACAUCGUUAUUAGAGAUGCAAUGUUUAAAAAGACGUAAUUGACGAAACAUGAAGGCAUGUCAAUUAAAAUGCACAGUUUACGUUUAUUUUUUUUUUUGCACAUAAAACUAAGAAAUCUCAAAUAUUCUUAUGUUACUGGCCAUAAUGUUUGCCUUUCUCAUUUCCUUUCCAAAUAUGUAAUCCCUAAUGACAAGUAAUUUCAAAUAAAAAUUACUAUUAAAGAGGAAAUUGUUUAAUGAGACACAGAUGUUUUAAAAAUUACAAUUUAAUUAUACCUAUAAUAAAACCGAGUAGAAAAUUGUUUUAAAAUAAUCUAAACUUGUAACUUAAUAUUGAUAUGACCUAAUAAACUGAGUGCCAUUACUAGAA